UGGAAUUUUACUCUCCGAAAGUGAUUAUUUUUCUAGUCAAGAGUUUAAAAAAUGGCAUUAUCCUGAAAACAGAGCAUUUCCUAUAAACCCCUCCCUAAACACACAAGCCCGGGCGCGUGCGGCAGGCGCGUGCGGCAACUCCUCCAACGCGGAAGUGCGGUGUCAACAAAAACAAGAAAAAAAAAAGAGAGCAUUGGAGAGUCGCAGAAGUUACCUGUCCCGCCAGAGUCACGAUGUGUGAAAACAAGGUCCCCUACUUUGUUCUCAAAUUUUUUCUCGUUGGCUACUGCUGCUUCUGGUUGACUGUAGGCGGCAUCAUUCUAAGCAUUGGGAUCUAUGCUGAGGUGGAGAGGCAGCGCUACAAGACGCUGGAAGGAGCGUUUUUGGCCCCUGCCAUCAUCCUGAUCCUCCAGGGACUCGUCAUGCUUGUGGUGUCUCUCAUUGGAGCCGUGGGUUCAUUGAGGGACAACUUAACGUUGUUAAAAAUCUUCAUGUACACCCUGGCUGUGUUUUUGGUCCUGGAACUGCUUGGAGGAAUCGUGAUAUUGGUACUUCGCAGCCAGACAACGAAGUUAAUUAACAAGAGCAUCCGGAAGGGCAUGCAGAACUACUAUGAUGACCUGGACUUUAAGAACAUCAUGGACUAUGUUCAAAAGAAGUUUAAGUGUUGUGGGGGAGCAGAUUAUAAGGACUGGGAAGUCAAUAUGUACCACAACUGUUCUGCACCCGGACCGCUCGCCUGUGGAGUCCCGUACACCUGCUGUGCCACCUCUAAGCCCAAUGAAGUGCCGAACACCUUGUGUGGCUCCAAAGCUUUGGAAGCACAGGGCCCUGGGACUACCAUCUACCAGACAGGCUGCACUGAUGGGUUCCUGUUGUGGGUAGAAGAAAACUACUUAAUUAUUGGAGGAUUGCUGCUGGCGAUCGUAGUACCUCAGGUAUUCGGUAUAGUUUGCACCUACUUUUAUGUAUCCCAAAUCGAGCAGAUGGAAGAAAACGCACUAACAAGUGGAAAGAAGCCACCCCGUAUGUUUAAAAUGUUCAUGCCACAAUGAAAAUGACGAUGACAAACACAAACUUGGAGCUUAAGGCUUGAUAUGUUGUGUGUAUGGCAGUUAGGCUUUUUCCAGAGUUCAAUAUUCUCUCUCUAAAUUCUGUGUUAUCUGUUCAGUUUAAAUUUUUGAAUUUACAAAAGGUAAAUAAAAGGGCAUUUCAGCUGCAUUCUGCCUCAGACCAGCUCAGGGAUUCACCAGAUAAACACCAAAGUAACCGCUGUCUACCUGUUUGUAUACCUACCUACUCGCUGCUGGCGCUCUGCUGCAGGAACGAGUCACAUGUUGUUUUUCAAGUGCAUGAACGAUAGCAUUGGAGGUUUGGUAAAUAAAUCUUAACCAAGAAAGUGUCUUCCUAGAAUCACAUUUGGUGAAACAAGCAUCACAGAUUUAAAAACUCAACUUUACUAGUUGAAAUAUUUGAUUACGUUUGUGUGUUCUUUUUUUAUGAUUUAUCUUUGUAACCUUUGGAGAUUGUGGGACAUGUGUUAGUUUGAAUAAACGUAGAAGGUUUACUUCUUUUUGGGAACUUUAGUUUGGUGUAAGUAUGAAUCAUUUUAGUUUUUUUAGGUUUUGAUGUAAACAUUUAUAAUUGAAGUUAAAACAAACUGUGACAUUGUUUUUUUUUUAUUAGACUUCAAGCAUGAAAAUAACUUCUUAGUAGUAAAGCUGCAUAUCGGUGUUAAUUAUAACUUAAAUAUUUGUAAAACAAUUCGACUCCAGCAGUCUUCUGCAUCAAAACUUAAUAAAAAUGGAAGAAAAUUAUGAAUUUUUUGAAGUUCUGUAUAAUUAUUCAAUGAGACUUCACAGUAUAAGGGGAUUUUUUAACCUGCAUGCAUAUAGACAAAUUAAACCUUUUUUAUGAUUAAAAGGAACCUUUUAUUGACAUGAAAAUAUUGUGGAGAUAUUCUGUAAAGCGUAAUACAAUGCAAAUGUUAUUCCUGCAGGGAAAUGUGCUGAAACUGUUUCUACAGUAUUCCAUCAUUGUUACACUUUAGUAAAAUGAAUGAUCUGUUCAUCAAUUUUUAAAUGACUCCUCAUGUAGAGGGGCAGCAUCCUCUUCAUCCAGUUGUCAUUAAUCUGGACAUCUAAUUACUUUUUUGAAUUUUUUUGUGUUGAAAAAUCAAAUGAAUAAAUUGUUUGAAAAAUGCAGUUUUUCUUUUUUUUGAUGUUGUUUCUGUUAAAGGAUAUUUGGUGUUUGGACAUGGUAAAUAAAUGAUAGAUGACAUCACA